CUUUGUGCCGAGUGGAAUCGGAUGGAAUCGGUUUGUUUUGUUCCACUCGGCCUAAUUGUGAAAAAUAAUAAAUAAUAGAGAAAUAAUGCCAGUCUUAGUGUGUGGUGGAAGUAGCUCCGGACGGCUAAAGUGUUACAAUUUAUGUUUGUAAGUUCCGAAAAUUAGUUAGCCGAGUUUAAAUAAAAGCGAAAAUAAAAUUGCAAUUGGUCUUAAACGAAAAUGCUGCGGGAACUUGAAGCUCCAAUCGAAAUGUCUGGCACAUAAAUAAACAAUAAAAAAUGUACUUUUAAUUGAAUUCAGACAAUAACAACAACGCUUUCUGGAACUCGGUUGCCUUGCCAUAUGUGACACCAAGCACACACAUGCGCCCGUAAAUUCAGAAACAUCUGUUCAAGCGCGGAUGCUGGUGCCCAAAAGUGAAAUUCCGCAGCGCCAAGUGGAAGAGAAAUCAAAGAAAGGUAGCACCAUAGAUAGCAAGAUAGUUAGUAAGUCCUGGUCAUGUCGUCGCUGGAUUUCGAGACCAGCAGCUGUCGCAACAUCAACAACAACAACACGCACGGAUAUGCGAGCAACAAUAAUAACAACAUUAGUAACAGCAGCCUCAUGCAAAAGCCAAUACCCGCCCCCUCCUCCAAUGCUCCCGCACAGCUGAUCCAGGUCAGCUGUUCCCACGUACUGGAGUCUGAACCAUCGGCUAGCAAUGCAGCUAAAAUCCCCGACACUGCUGCCCUGCUUGCACUGGACUCUUCUGAGGACAGCGAGUACGAACCCUUCAUAUCCAGCAACGCCCCAAUCCGUAGAGGCACACGCUCCUCCUCCUCUUCAUCCGUGCUCCGCAGCCUGAAGCGCAACUCGUGUUGGGGUCGCAUUCACGGCUUCCUUACCCGAAAUUGGUACCUGAGCUGUUUGGUGCCCGCCUCCAUUCUGGGUGCCCUCAUUUUCAUCGGCUGGGCGACACGAGACUAUGCCCGCCAACUGCUCUUCUGGAUCGAGAUGCAGAACGCCUGGAUAAUUUUUGCCGUCUACAUGGCGCUAUUCGCCCUGGUCAGCUUCCCCGUGGUGGUGGGCUACUUCGUUCUGCUGAUCACCGCCGGUUAUCUGUUUGGCUGCCUUCGAGGCUGGCUUAUCGUGAUUCUGGGCGCCAACCUAGGCAUCGCCGUCGCUCAUGCCACAAUUCGCAGCUGCCGGCACCGUAUUCCCGUGCAAAGACUGAUCAAGAAUGACACGGGGCGAGCCAUUCUGCGCGUGAUAUCUGGACCAAAGGCCUUCCGGGUGGUUCUCUUCACACGGCUUACUCCCAUUCCCUUCGGAGUGCAGAAUGUGAUAUUUGGAAUCAGUUCCAUCAAUACGAGAGACUACCACGUGGCCACAGUAAUUGGGCUGCUCCCAGCCCAGACAAUCAAUGUUUACUUGGGCUCCACGCUUAGGUCCAUGCACGAGGUGCUUAACGACAAUGAGACCAAGCUUACGGGCUAUAUUAGCUUUGUGUUUGAGGUAAUUUGCGGAGUGGUCCUGAUGUUCUGGGUCUUGCAGAAGGCGAGGAAGGAGCUGUCAGAGACCCUGCUAAUUGCUGAUUACAACAACGAGGGCAAACACCCAGACAUACAGGUCUAGCAGGAGUCACAUGGGGCUGAGAGCUUCCGCAGAACACCCAGCCCAAGAGAAUCUUCUGGACUUUAGGACAAGACUGCUCUUUUGCAUUAACUAGCUUAAGCGAGGGAUUAAAAUGUUAUUUUAUUUAUUUGCGCUCAAGGCAAUGCCAUCGAUACCAAACAUUACGCUAGUUUAAGCAGUUUGUACGUUUCGGACUCGAUUCACAAGCUUCCCUCAAAAGUGCUCCCGAGGGUGUUACGCUCCACAUCACAAUUAGUUUCCUUCUGCCAAGGAUGUUAAUGACUAAGUCAAAGCCUCGCUCAGAAAAUGUUCACUUUACAAUUCGAUUUAAGGUCAUAAUGCUGCUCUAUAACGUUGUUCAAUUACUAGUUUGUAAGUGAAGAGAAUAAAUGAGCUAUGAUGUACACAUAGCCUAUCUCGUUA